AUGGAGUUCAUGCUCUUCAGCCAGGAUCCCCGAUACGUGUUGAUCAAGAGACCACCCGAGUCGCCCGAGGAAGCACGGACUCUCUUCGAUCUUGCUACUGGCCAGCCCACGCUCAAGCAGGUGCAAUCAUAUACCUUUGAUCGUCUGGACCUUAGCCGUGGAGAUCUAGGCCGGCCUAGAUAUGAUCCCACUAACAAGUCUCGACUGUUCAGAGAUGCAACCGUGUUUGGAGAGACUGUCUACUUGCCGCGCGGUGCUAGUGGCUGUUGGAUCAAGAAGAUACCCGGUGGAGCCUUUAACGGGAGAAUCGACACCAUUACUACGGCACUUCUCGAAGCUUCUGCUCCUGAUGCAACCCGUGGCCGUCUCGCGCGCGCGAUGCAAGCCUCUCAAGAGCAGCAGGGACUAAAACUGGAGCCUAGUAACGGCAGAGACGGACUCACAUCUGUUGCUAUUCUGGAACAUUUUGCUUUCUGGCUGCAGGCUGACUUGCCAGAUCUUUAUUUCAACGGAACGUUGAUGCAGCGGCAAUGCUCAGAUACGUGGAAAGCCAUCUACGCAGCGCUCGAGAACGACCCAGCUUGGGAUCCGUCUUUCUCAGAAACCGGACGAUCGCCGCAACAUGCAGCGAAUACCAUCAUUACUACGUCCCUAAUCGAAGGGAAAUAUCCUCGGUUCAUGGACAUAGCGCGCAGAGUGAUGCGCAAUCAUCUACGGCAACAGGAAGAAAACUAUGAGAGCGCGCAAAGCGAGGUAUGCUUGAAGGAUUUGACGAAGUACCACAAAGGAGCCGCCAGGCUCUUUACGGAUGAUGGACCUUUGAAUGUGGACAACUUGUACAAAGGUUGGUCGCAGGAGCACAGACAACAGAGGAAGCAUAAUUUUGCGGCCGCUGCCGCACAGGCCGAGGUCACAGCUGGGAAUGCCGAUUUGCAAGAGAUGUUCCAAGCACGGGCGAUGCAAGCCAUGAGUUCGAUGAUUACGGGCGGCGCGGCCGACCAGUGUAUGCGCUGUCUCCUAGUCACGGGUACCUAUGCGCUUACCGCUGCUGAAGGGAGUUACAUCCAUGUUGCUACCAAAGGUGCAAACAAGGCCGACUCCUUUCCCGAGCAGACGUGGCCGAUAGCAGGCGGUAACUUCAAGGCUCUCGUUAUGCUCUCGCCAGGGCAGAACGUCCUGGAAUUUGCCUACGUCUGCAAUGACUGCCUUGAACACACCAUCGAGUUAAACGUCAACUACAUCCCGCUCUUGCAGUACCCGCCUCUUCACCUCGCUAUCAUGGUCGCCGCAGACUCGCCAUGCCUCAUCGACUGUCCACCUUCAAAGGCUGCGGGGAUUUCUUCGACGCACUCAGACCUUGAUGCAGCUAUCGCCAAGCUGCGCAUGGCGGCUUACAUGUGGCAAGCUAUGACCGCAGAAGAUUUGAGGCUGCAAGGUGCUGGGCGUCGAUCGUUCAGGCUGGAUGAGGAGUGGGCCGCGGACACGAUCAGUCGCGACUUCCUCAAUGCGCGCGUUGAAGAGGCUCUCGACAGGGAAGGUGCCAUGCGAUCGACUGCCAAAGUCAACGUUAUUCGCUCUUCCAGGACCAUCAAGGACAUCCGUAAUAAAGAGGUCGCGCAACAGAACCCUAACGCACGUCGUGAUAAUGACUUAUUCGACUGGUUUCUGGAUGCGCUCAAGGAGCAAGGAGGCCCCUUCGCUUCCGAUGCCCGACCCAUCAUUGCUGGGUUGAUCUUGGACUCGCACUACAGCGUCCCGCAGAAGCUGAUCCUCGGGCACGCAGCUCUGGGUUGCCAUAACCCUGACGGAAUCUCACUGGGUAUGUUUGGUAGCCACCUGACCUACUCCUGGCCGCGCUUCUUGGAGGAAGUUACAGGCUGUCUUACAGACGUCCGUGCACCUGGAGACAAAGUAGGCAAUGACAACGGCCAGUGCAACACUAUGUGGGAAGCAUGCGCCAUCGGCCAAGGCGCUUUUCUCCAUGAAAUCGGUCACGCAUUCGGCUCGCCUCACCGCUCUGGUAUCAUGGAACGUGGAUAUGCGCAAGACUGGCCCAAGAACUUCCUCCCUCAGACCGCGUACUCUGGGCACCUCAAAACAGAAGGUGUGCUCGUGGAUCCCCACAACACACCCAACAAAGCUCGUUGGAACCUAGCCGAUGCGCUCUCGUUCCGCAUGCUGCCUCACUUUCGCCUGCCUAUUGACCCCAUAAUCAGCGGCGAAGAGCGACAUGCUUCGCCCGAGGCCCACGCUGAGCACACCGACAAUGAAGGCCCGACGAAACUCGUCAUCAGCUCAAGCAGCGGCAUCGUACGAUUUACUUUCAAUCGUACAGAGACAACCCAGCCCCUCGGCUGGACUCACAACGCACCGAAGCGCAUUGAAUAUACGGAAUCAUCUCUCGAAGAGCGUUUCGAUCGAUCACAAGCCCUCCAUCUCAACAUCCUCGCCUACAAUGGAAAGGAGACCAACAUCGGCAACGUUUGGAAGCUCCUCGCCAGCAGAUCAUACAUCCGCAUCCCAGGCUCCGAAAUCCGACUCGCCAAGCGCCUAGCCUUCCCCGAUGAGUCCGAUACUCGUCGGUACGAAUGGGCGCAGCUCCUCCAUGAGAAGGGCAAGGAUGGAAACCUGCACCGCGCCGUUUCCAUCGAUCUAAGGGUCGGAUGUCUAUGGGAUGGCGGCGUGGUGAAGUAUGCAGAUGGUCACACGAGUCACUGGGGACCCAUGCGUACAUACGGCCGUAAACACCAAUUCGGUGGUCACGCUUCCGAGAAGAUACGUCUUCCCGAGGGGGUGGAGAUUAGUUCCGUUGAAGUCGUCCCUAGGGAUGGUGUGAGGCUACAUCUUAGCGACGGUACCAGCGCGGGCGAGCUCAACGCGAGGCGUGACUCGGACAUUGUGAGGCUGACACCCAGCCCUGAUGAGAUUAUUGUGGGGUUCUUUGGCAAGAGUGGGAGGGGAGGUUUCUGCGGCGUUGAGGAGUUCGGCAUUAUCACUGUGAAGAGAGAUGUCGGGAUUGCGGGGUUACCGGAUAGUGUGUGGGACUUGGAUGAGUUGAAGAACACGAGUGGGAUGGAUGGUGAUGAGGACGAUGAAGAGGAGGAAUACCGAUACGACGAUGAUGAUGAGGACGAAGACGAAGAGAUGGACUACGACGAUGAUGAGUGA